AUGAAGUCCAGUAAGGCGGAAGACUUGAUGUCCACGACCACGACCUCGUACGAGACGGCUCCGAGCGUGCCGGUACGGAAAAAGGACACGAAACGCGAGAAGAGCGACGACCAAGACAACCAAAUUGCUGCGGUGAUGGAGCUCAUCCACUCCAUCGAAGCCGAUGACGACGCACGCUGGAGCCAACACGGUCAGAAGUCCGCGAUGGACGACUCCGCGAAAAGGCCGCCUCAACAUCCGGUAGCCCAGCCUCUGCAAGGCUCCGGGACAGCACCGGCUCGCGCGGAUGCCCUCCCACGAAUCCUGCACGCCGACAAGUCCGAGAAAGCGGCGCCCAAGGAAUCCAGCUCGAAAUCGGCAGCCAAGGAAGGCGCAAAGCCUCCAAGCCUGAGCGAGCACGCGUAUCCGCCGGCCACAUCGAAGGAAGACGCCCCGAAAGGAGAUAAACCCAAGGCUUCUGCGGACGCCAAAGGAGCCCACUCGAAAAGCGACGCAGUUGCCGGAACCUCAGCACCGCCCCCGACAGACGGCGUGGCAGUCCAUGACGCCAAAGUUCCCGACAUUCCUAAGGCUCAGGACAAGGGAGAAGCCAAGGACAAGUCCCAAGACGUUAAGCCACCCGACGGUUCGAAGACUGAGGACAAGGGAGAAGCCAAGGAGAAAGAAGUAGAGAGCAGCAAGGAGCCCGUUGUGUCAUCCCUGCCGGUUCAGCCGCAGGCAGGCAAUGAGGUCCCAGAACCACCGAAAGAUGUAGGAACCGCCAAGCGUAAACGGCCUUCCAAGUUCUGCUGCGGGAUGAUCAUGGUGCUCCUAGUCUUGUUCGCGGUGGCGCUGACCCUGGCCACAGCCACCUUGGGUUAUGUGGAGCGCUUCAAUGACCGCGAUCAUCCCGUCCUCAAGGGCGUGUUCGGCACCGUGCGAGGCGCUCGCCACGUGCUCACCGACCAGGGGCGCGAGCUUCCCGUGUUCGCCUUCCUGGGGAUCCCGUUCGCCAAGCCUCCGCUGCGGGAACGGCGAUUCCGGCCGCCCGUGCCGUUGGACGAGGAGGAAGACGUGAAGCGGAACACGCUAGACAGGCAAGCGAAGCGUCCACCAUGCCCGCAGCAGGACUUUUACCUCGGCAAGCAGAACGUCAGCACCACCAACGCCAGUGAGGAUUGCCUGCACCUGAACAUCUGGACGCCACCGUGGGAGUGCGAGCCGGAGAAGGAGCGAGCUGAGUGCAAGCUGCGAACCGUGCUCUUCUUUCUCUACGGGGCCGCCUUCCAGAACGGCGCGAACAGCUUCGAGCUGUACGACGGCCAGUACCUCUCUGCCCUGGGCGACCUGGUUGUGGUGGUUCCGAACUACCGGGUCGGGGCACUGGGCUUCCUCAGCGGCCCGUCUGCCGGCGCGCUCCCGGGCAACGUUGGCCUCUACGACCAGCGGCUGGCACUGUCGUGGACGCUGAGAAACAUCGAGAUCUUCGGCGGCAACGCCUCUCGCCUGGUGCUGGCGGGCCACGACGCCGGCGCGGCGUCCCUGGGUUACCACCUGUUCUACGGGGACGCCGAUCUUUUCACGCGCAACGUGGCCCGUUACAUACUGCAGGGCGGAGGACCCUUCAGCAGGUACAAGAACGACGGGCUGGAAGGCGCCCACCUCCUGGCGACCAACCUGCAGUGCGGCAACGACCUGUCGGCCUCCGUGACGUUGCGUUGCCUGCAGAACUCCAACGUGGACGCCGUGGCGCGGAGCCCUCUGGCGCCCAGAUUCGUGCCGCUACUCAACCGGACGCCGGUCUCGCAUCCGCAGCCGCGUCGAAAGGCGUCGGAUCGCGGCGAAAAACGCAAGGUGCCGCGCGUGUACCGCGCUCUCUUAAGGCUCACCCAAGCUCUGGGCCUAAUUUGUGCCUUUAGAAUCGACGCGAACAGCUAA